UUUAAAAGGGAACAGUUGACAAAAGUAGUAAUACUAUUAAUAACAAACUCUCCAUGCUUGAAUCAGUAGUAGAGCAAUCUUUUGACAAGAACACAGACACAAUGGAAGAAGCAGUACAAAAGAGAUAUGCAGUAGUUACAGGUUCCAACAAAGGAAUUGGAUUUGGGACAGUGAAGGAGUUGGCUUCAAAUGGGACAGUGGUGGUGUUGACUGCUAGAGAUGAGAAAAGGGGUCUUGAAGCUGUUGAAAAAUUAGCGGAGGCUGGCCUCUCUCAACUAGUCGUUUUCCAUCAGCUUGAUGUGACUGACCCUUCUUCCAUUUCUGCUCUUACUGAUUUUGUCAAAACAAAAUUUGGGAAACUUGAUAUCUUGGUAAACAAUGCAGGGUUACCUGGAGGCAAACUAAAUCCUGAAACUUUCAAAGCUGCUGCUCUUGAAAAGAAAGGGAUACAGCUAAAAAGGGCAAGUGAAUUUAUGACAGAAACUUAUGAAUUAACUUCGGAAUGUGUCAAAGUGAAUUUCUAUGGAGCCAAAGCAGUGACAGAAGCUUUCCUUCCUCUCCUCCAGCUUUCUGAUUCACCCAGGAUUGUGAAUGUUUCUUCCUACCUUGGAAAGUUAUCGUUUAUACCUGGUGGAUGGGCCAAAGGGGUGCUUAGUGAUGCUGAAAGCCUCGAUGAGGAUCAAAUUGAUCAACUUUUGAGUGAGUUUCUAAAAGACUAUAGAGAAGAUUCUCUAGAGAGCAAAGGCUGGCCGGCUUCUGUUUCUUCGUAUAUAAUCACAAAGGCUUGCUUGAAUGCUUACACAAGAAUUGUGGCCAAAAAGUAUCCCAACUUUUGCAUCAAUUGUGUAAGUCCUGGUCAUGUCAAGACAGAUAUAAAUUGCAACACUGGGGACUUGACUAUUGAAGAAGGUGCUCAAAGUGUAGUGAGGUUAGCCUUGCUGCCUAAUGCUGGUCCAACUGGCUUGUUCUUCAAUCGCCAUGAAGUGAUACCUUACUAAUUACAGUUCAUUAACUUCGUACUUGUAUUCCCCCACCAAACAAGUACCAUUUAGCAUUUUCUAUGUAUUUACAUGUCUCCUGUUUCAUUCAUAUUGAAUAAUAAUCUAUUGCCUCUUCCCCUGUUUUA